AUGUCUAUUCGGUACUCAGUGAUUGCAGCGUUUCGUGUAUCCUCUGGUCGCUUAGCGGUGGUACCAUUACGGCGAUGUGUGUCCAAGAGUCUUAGCACUCCGUUAGCGCAUCACUCACCCAAUCGUCCCCGUUAUGCUUUCAGUGCUGCAGCUGUAGGUUUAGCACUUGUUGCUGCGGAUUAUGUUUUCAAUGAAAGAAAUUUUUUUAAAGCCGCUAAAGUUGGAAAUGUUCAAGAACUUCGCAAGCAAUUAGAAGGAGCUCGUGAUGACAGACAAAACUCUGGCGGUGGGGGUGGUGAGGGGGGAGCCGCUAACCGGCGUCAUUCGCUCGGCUGGACCGCGCUCAUGGUCGCCGCCGCCAACGACCAACCGGCCGCCGUCCGCGAGCUGCUGAGACUCGGAGCGCGACCGGACAUGCGGGAACGAUAUGCUGGAGCCUCUGCUACCGCUAACGGAGCCGGCCUGCAUCCCCUAGAAGUGAUGCAGCGUAGGGAAGAUGAAUUCUGCAGUGCCAUGAAUGCUCGCGCAUCCUUUUUGGGAUGGACCGCCCUUCAUUACGCAGCUCUAGCGGAUUCACCCAACACGGCAAAGGCGCUCCUCGAGGCUGGCGCCGACCCAACCGUGAGAGAUCACGCUGGGCGACGCGCCCUUCACUAUGCUCGAGAUCCAUCCACCACACGUAAUUUGAUCAUGGAACACAUGAAGCAGUGGGAGGAGAAGGCGGCGGCGGAGGCGGCAGAAGAACGAAGAAGAUUUCCUCUCGAGCAACGUCUCAAACAGUACAUUGUGGGACAGUCGGCCGCCAUCGAAACAGUCGCCGCGGCCGUGCGCAGGAAGGAGAACGGCUGGGCGGACGAGGAACAUCCGCUGGUGUUUUUGUUCCUGGGAAGCUCUGGAAUCGGAAAGACGGAGCUGGCGAAACAGUUAGCGAGAUACAUGCAUCGUGACGAUCCUGCGGCUUUCAUCAGAUUAGACAUGUCGGAGUAUCAGGAGAAACACGAGGUGGCCAAGUUGAUAGGCGCGCCGCCGGGGUACGUGGGGCAUGAGGAGGGCGGACAGCUGACUCGAGCCCUCGCCCGCCGCGCUGAUGCCGUCGUUCUAUUUGAUGAGGUUGAUAAAGCACAUCCUGACGUCCUCACGGUACUGCUGCAACUGUUUGAUGAGGGGCGCCUCACUGACGGCAAGGGGAAGCUUAUUGAAUGCAAGAACGCAAUUUUCGUAAUGACUUCCAAUCUGGCGGCUGAUGAGAUAGCACAGUACGGACUGCAACUACGGCGGGAGGCUGAGGCACGAUCAGCUCAACGUGUCCGCCCGAUCACCACUACUGCCAACGAGUCAAAGACAGAAGUUGAGGUAUCGUCGGAACGGGAAGGCGAGCCGGUCGGCGAGGUAGAAGAGGCUUUACAAGUGUCUCGCAAGUUCAAGGACACGGUGGUGAGGCCGAUCCUGAAGCGUCACUUCGGCCGCGACGAGUUCCUCGGCCGCAUCAACGAGAUCGUGUACUUCCUGCCGUUCUCGAGACAGGAACUCCUGACGCUGGUUCAUAUGGAGCUGAAGGCGUGGGCGGAGAAGGCUCGCGCUAGACACGCGGUGGAACUACGCUGGGAGGGAGGAGUACUGGGCGCGUUGGCUGACGGAUACGACGUUCACUACGGCGCGAGGUCCAUCAAGCACGAGGUGGAGAGACGAGUGGUCAACCAGCUGGCCUUGGCCGCUGAGCGAGGGGCCGUGGCUAGGGGAUGCGGAGUACUGCUGAGCGCUCGGGCAGGUCGUCUCCAACUGGCUGUACGACGACCGCCCGACGAACGCUACGUACCGCUAGACCUCGCCUCCGCCUGA